ACAAGUGUUCAACGUAAAGAGAGCAGCCAGCCAGACCCACUUCGCAGACAAGCGGAAGGGACUCAUAGGCCUAGGAGGUGCGGGCUCGCCUUUACUUAUAAGCCCUUUCGCGGGCUUGCGGGCUCGCGGGCUCCCGGGCGGCGGGCGGCGGUCUGCAGUCCCGCCCACUCAGCGUCUCUGUUGCUGAGGGCGGGUUGAGUUACGUAGGGGAAGCUUCUGGAGACAGCUUAGUAGGCGGACCCAGGCUCCGGCCGGUCCUUUGAGCAAGUGGGCGCAGCCAAAUCGCGUGUGUCAGUGGACAUGGCUCACGGGUCGGAAGGCCGUAUGUCGCGGGGCUGCAAGCUGCCUCUCCUGCUCCUUCAUGUGUCUCUGCCUCUACUUCUGUUCCUGUGGCAUUCGCCGCCCAGCGCAAGUUUCCUGCAUGUGAAGAUGGCAGGGACAACUCAGACUGUGCUCCUGAAUGACAAUGCCACUAUUUUCUGCCAAGUCUAUGGUGACCCCUCCCCAAACAUAACCAUUAUGGGUGUCACCUGGUUUUGGAAGAAUCCAGGGUCUGCAACAGAAGUUAAGCUAUUUGAGUUUUUUGGAGGCCAACAAAUGACAGGUCGACCUGGAGCCAUGGUGCCUCUUAAGAGUUUGGAGAGUGGGAAUGCCUCACUGCAGCUGCCAGGGAUCCAGCUGAGGGAAGCAGGAGAGUACCGAUGUGAGGUGGUGAUCACCCCUCACAAAGCAGUGGGACAAGUCAAGCUGGAGGUUGUGGCUUUCCCAGUCAGCAGCUUGUUUCCAGAGCAAGCCAUAGUGAAAGAAAAGCAAGAAACACUUAUUUUGUGUAUGUCAAGUGGGUUCCACCUUGACAACAUUACUAUUACGUGGAAAAAAUUAUCCCAGAAGGAUCCUCAGGAGGUUUUUGAAGGCAUCAUCACUAAUCACACCAUCGAGAAUGGUAUGUUUAAUGUCACUAGCUUCUUGAUGCUGAAGCCCUCUCUGGAAGACAAUAUGACCAUCUACCAGUGUGUGAUAUAUCACAAAUCCUUGCCUACCCCUCAGAAGCUCAAUUUCACCUUGACUGUGAUAGAAUCUGAGAAGACAGCUUGGAGUUUGAAGAACAUUUUUUUCUACAUUGGAGCCCCCUUGUCACUUGCAGUGAUUUUAUUAAUUAUUUAUCUUUUAAAAAAGGCACGACCCCAAACACGUCCCUUAUCCUGAGUCUUGAAAGCUUCUUCUCAAAACACCCAAACCUAUACAGCAGAGACUGAAAAAUGAAAAUGAGGUGCUGUCAUUAUGAUGCAUUCGUGUCUUAUUCACAUGGAGGAACCACUAGAACAUUGGAAGUUCUUACACAGAAACAUCAGAAACAAGGUUUCUCAGCGAAUGCAUAAGUACCUGAAAUUACUUUUCCUAAUGGCUUUAAUGGUUUGCUCAAGAGCAGACUGUUCCUUCCUUAAUAGCCUUCUGCCAAUCAGCUCAUCCAAGAAAAAGAAAGCAAUGCUUUCCAAAGAAGACAUACAGAUAGCCAACAGAUACGUGAAAAGGUGCUCAACAUCACUAAUUAUCAGGGAAGCCAAAACCACAAUGAGAUAUCAGCUCAUACCUGUCAGAAUGACUAUUAUCAGAAAGACAAGAAACAACAAGUAUUGGUGAGGAUGUGGAGAAAAGGGAGCCCUAGUGCACUCUUGGUGGGAAUGAAAAUUGGUCAGCCACAAUGGAAAACAGAACAGAACAGUUCUAUCUGAAAAUAGAACUACCAUAUGACCCAGCAAUUCGACUUCUGGGUAUUUGAAGAAAAUGAAAACACUAACUUUAAAAGAUAUAUGCGCCCCUAUGUUCACUGAAGUAUUAUUUACAGUAGCCAAGAUAUAGGAACAAGUGUCCAUUAAUAGAUGAAUGGAUAAAGAAAAUGUUAUACCUGUGUCACACACACACACACAUAUAUAAAAUGAAAUAUAUAUGUAUAUAUAAAUGGAAUAUAUAAUAUAUAUGUAAAAAAAAUAUAAAAUUCUAUUAACAUAUAAUGUAAUUUAUUCAUCUUGGAAUUUUAUUCACCCUUACAAAAAGAGUGAAAUCUUGUCAUUUGCAACAAUAUGCAUGAAACACCUUGAGGGUGUUAUGCUAAGUGAAAUAAGUCAGACAGAGAAAGACAAAUACCGUAUUAUCUCACAUGUGCAAUCUAAAAACCAAAACCCAAGCUCAUCAAUAACAGAACACAAUGGUGGUUUUCAGGGUGGGGUGGGGUGGAUGAAACGGGUGAAAGUGGUCAAAAGGUACAAACUUCUAGUUAUAAAAUAAGUCAUGCGGCUGUAAUGUACACCAUGGUGCCUUUAGUUAAUAAUACUGUAAUGCAUAUUUGGAAGUUACUAAGAGUAAAUCUUAAAAAUUUAGAAAAAAUUUUAAGAAAAAAUAUUUUUGUAACUAUGUAUAGUGACAGGUGUUAAUUAGACAUAUUGUGGUGAUCGUUUUGCAACAUAUACAACUGUUGAAUCAUGUCAUACACCUGAAACUCAUAUAAUGCUGUAUGUCAAUUAUACUCCAAUAAAAAAAAAGUAACAUUUAGUGUUUCUGGACUGUGGGCUGUAUCCAUUUCAAAUUCUGCUUCUUAGUUCAAUGAGAUUGACCUGUACAUGUUAAUAUAAGAAUAAAUCUAUUGAACUGCACUUUUAAUUUAAUAUCUCUAAAUUUUUCUUUGAGAGGAGACAAGUGACUUGUCUAGGGUCUCAUGGCUAGUAAAGGGUAGAGCUCGGGUUUUUAAUCAAUGUGUCCUACUACCAACGAAGAUCCGGGGUGGGGUUGGGCUGUGAAAGAUGAGCUGGAACAUUAGGUUUAGAGGAGAGGCUUAGUCUGUACGGUUCUUGUCUAUUCUUUUUUUUUUUUUAUAUGAAAUUUAUUGUCAAAUUAGUUUCCAUACAACACCCAGUGCUCAUCCCAAAAGAUGCCCUCUUCAGUGCCCAUCACCUACCCUACCCUCCCUCCCUCCCCCCCAUCAACCCUCAGUUUGUUCUCAGUUUUUAAGAGUCUCUUAUGCUUUGGCUCUCUCUCCCACUCUAACCUUUUUUUUUUCUUUUUUUUUCCUUCCCCUCCCCCAUGUUUCUGUUAAGUUUCUCAGGAUCCACAUAAGAGUGAAAACAUGGUGUCUGUCUUUCUCUGUAUGGCUUUUUUCACUUAGUAUAACACUCUUGAGUUCCAUCCACGUUGCUACAAAGGGCCUUAUUUCAUUCUUUCUCAUUGCCACGUAGUACUCCAUUGUGUAUAUAAACCACAAUUUCUUUAUCCAUUCAUCAGUUGAUGGAAGUUUAGGCUUUUUCCACAAUUUGGCUAUUGUUGAGAGUGCUGCUAUAAACAUUGGGGGUAGUUCUUGUCUAUUCUUAGGGGAGGACCUGUUGGUUAGUGUGCUUGACCAUUGCCUUAGUUUCUGUAACUGAACCAAAGUGACUGAUGCUAUUCCCAAAUGGAUCUGUGUGUGGGCACCUCAUUCAGGACAGAAGUUGAAAGGAGUGUGGAGGGUCUUAUGCCAGGUGUUAGUCAUGGGUAAGGUACAAUGGUGGUUCUGAAUGUAGUUAUCAGGGAUGUGAGGUUGUAUUUCAGGAUCUUUGUGGGGCAGAGAAGCCCUGUUUACAUCUCUAUUGAAAGUUGAAGUAAUGACCCUGAAAACAGUUCUUAGGUCACUCAGGCGGGGCACAGUCAGUGCAUGGGCAUAACUGACACGGAAAGCUCUUGGCUAAGAGAGAAGACUAGAAUGGAAUCCCCAUAGCAGAGUUCCCACCUGAGGGUGAUUUAGAGUCCCUCUAGUGGCGGCACUGGGGAUUGCGGCAUCAGUGUAGUUGGUGCCUAUUUCAAGGAUACAUCAUUAGAGGAGCUAAUGAAUCUCAUAAAAUGGAGAUCUGGAAGGAAGAACAGGGCAACGGUUGGAACUGUGGAGCAAAUGAAGUAGUCCAAAAGUGUUUACCAUCAUCAAAAGAGACGUGAUUCAAAAACAAUGACACCCUUUGGGAAUAAUAGUAAGGCAGUUGAGAUUUUUUCAGUUUUGUAAAAGAAAUUAUAAUUUUGUAGAUAUUGCAAUAGAGUAAUAAAGUAAUAUAAGGAAAAAAUAAAAUUAGUGGGAAAAUGACAAAUGGGAUCUUUUAUAGGAAGAUAAAAAAUUAGAUAUAAAAUGUGGGGGAUUGUUGAAUGGAUAUUACUGAUUGCAAGGGAAUCUAUGAUGUAGAAAAAAGAAAAGGCAUUAAGGAGUUACUAAACUCAGAAAUGAAUAUACUGGUUACACCUUCAGAGACCUGAAGAGUCACGAAGGGAGGCAGAACUAUGGGAUGGUUUUCAUUCCUUGACUUCCAAGAUGGAUGGGAAAUCAAGACACACUAGAAAUUUAACAAAAAAGAAUGAAAGUCUCAGCCAGAACUGUAUUGCAUUUACUAUUCUCUGGAGUAACUUCCUUCCCCAAUAAUGAUGGCAUUAGGUGAAUAACGAAUUGAUCAAAUGAAGUAAAGUGCUACCUGGUGUGGUUUGUCUCACCUUGAGUGCUGAUGGUCUGGGGAGGAGGAGUUUGGGUCAUAUUGUGCUGCAAAGAACCAUACACUGUCAUGAAGUAGAGGCAAUGUGACUAACGUGAGCAGAAGGCGGCUAUGGGCACUGUUGACCCAUACUCCUGUACACCAUUGUUUCUCCCAGUA